UCUAAAAUUGUCGCGCGCUUGAGUGUAUCAAAUUAUUAUUAAAAUUGCCUGCUUUUUGUUAUCCGUUUAUCCGUUUUGUCGGUCGCAGCAAGAACAGCAGCACAAAAAGAAAACUUGGCAGCAAACUAAAACGAAAGUGAAAAAGACCGCAAAGCAUACAUACACACACCUUAAAAGACUGCAAUAUCUGCCUUAAAAACGGAGACAGAAAGGGAGAAAAUAAAAAGCUGGGGACGGAAGAGCCCCGCCAUCAGUACUGAGAUUGAUUCCAGCACGAUCCGGAUCUGUGGAUCUCUGGAGGAGCAGAGCGUAGUUUCAAAGCCAUCCGAGCUGGACGUCUGUCACAAUGAGUUCAUUCAUCGAGCUGCUGGGACUGUUCCUGGUGCUGAUGCUGCCAUUUCUGUACGAAACGAAUCAUAUAUUUCGUUAUUAUUUCAAAUUCUUAAUGUACUACGGCAUCGUUUCGUUCAACUCGAUUGUCCUUAUACCGGCCUUCCUCACGCGUCCCUGCGAUGUGCGAAAUCUGCUCUGGGCAAGCACUUGGUGUCAUCGCAUCUCCACGCUAAUCGGCCUGCGCUGGGAGCUGCGUGGCAAAGAGCAUCUGGCCAAGGAUCAGGCCUGCAUAAUAGUGGCCAAUCAUCAGAGCUCGCUGGAUGUGCUGGGCAUGUUCGACAUCUGGCAUGUGAUGAACAAAUGCACGGUGGUGGCCAAGCGUGAACUCUUCUAUGCCUGGCCCUUUGGCCUGGCCGCCUGGCUGGCGGGCUUGAUCUUCAUCGAUCGAGUGCGCGGUGAAAAGGCUCGCGAAACCCUAAACGAUGUCAAUCGUCGCAUCAAACAGCAACGAAUCAAACUGUGGGUCUUCCCCGAGGGAACACGCCGCAACACCGGUGAACUGCAUCCAUUCAAAAAGGGUGCCUUUCACAUGGCCAUCGAUCAGCAGAUACCCAUUUUGCCGGUUGUCUUUAGCUCAUAUGGGACAUUCCUCAACGACAAGAAGAAGAUAUUGAAUGCAGGUCGCAUUGUGAUCACCACUUUGCCGCCGGUAAGCACUGAGGGACUUACCAAGGAUGAUAUCGAUGUGCUAAUGGAUCGGGUCAGGACCCAAAUGAGUGAUACCUUUAGGCUGACCUCGGCGGAGGCAUUGCAGCGCUACAAGCCAGCGAUGAUGAAGGGAAGUAGUAGUAGUAAUAGCAUUAGUUCGGCAGCAGCAACAACAACAACGAUCACACCGCCAGUGGCAGAUGCAGCCGCAGUGGCCAGCAGGAGCAGCAGCAGUUCAGCUUAUAGCAGCCAGCCAGCGGGUUAUGGCAAGGCCAGCAUGCUCAAGACAUUGUAGGCAUUGCAAUCAUCUUAGUCACUCGAACACACUCAACACACUCACUCAACAUUCAAGUCACUCAACAUUUAACUCAACAUUCAAAUCAACAUUCAACUCACAUCCAAAGAAGGCACUCACGUGAGUCUGUUUUUGGUUUUUUAUCAUUUCCGUGUUAUUUUAAAAUUUCUAAAAGAAAAAAAAAAACAUUAAUUAAGUUAUAUAUAUAUUUUUUUUGUAUUUUUUGUACUCUUAUCUAAGGGUAUUUUUUUUAUCUAUUUAUUUAUUUAAAGCCAAAUAUAAAUUUUAGUCAUUUCAAAAAGGAAUUUCAAAGUCGCCAGAAUUUAUUUUAAAAAAAUUGAUUGGUCAAAAAAUGUGUAUUUAAAUUUUUUAGAUUUGAUUUAAUUUUGUGGUAUUUCAU